GCGGUCACACUGCUUUUUGCAUAGAGUGGCCAUUCUUGGAAACUUUUUAUAUGAAAACUUUUUACUUGCCGUGGGAACAAAACUAUCUAAAGAGACAGACAGCAAGGUUUUAUAUAAGCACUCGGAGCAGAAAACAGCAAAGGUAUGGCGCAACGUAAUCAUCGCAUUGAUCGCUUUGCGCAAAUGAGCAAACAGGAGGAGAUAAUUGCCAAGAAGCGACAAGAGAUACUCGAAAAACAGAGGACAGCGCAGCUGGCGAAAGCCGUCGCCGCUGCCCAAUCUUUGGCAGCUCAAAUGAAAACGAUGGAAACGCUGCUACCAGUGACAACGCCUGCUGCUGCUACCGAACAGGAUGAGCACGAUGAGGAGCACGAAAAAGAGCCAGAAGAGGUGCUAACAACACCACAGUGCUCUGGGACUGCUGAGGAAGAAGCAGGCGAUGCGCUGGAAACGGAGAAUGGCGAUCAAACGGGCGUUGGAGUUGGAAAGGGAAGAACAGGUGACGACUUAACGCCCAAGACAUUAAACAGUUUUACCGGAAAGACGGGUAAAAUCACAUUUAGCCUUAAGCGGCAGCAGCUGCCACAACCCAAUGUCGAGCAGCCUCCGCCCAAGGUGAAGAAUACGUUUUGUAACGAUGGUUCCUUUCUGGAGAACUUUAAAAAGAUACUGGAAAAACACGAACAGCCCAAGCCAGCGCCACCCAUUAUAGUGGUGCCUACUAGCAGCGAAGAAAACAAUGCCAUUGACUCGCCAAGUGGCGAGAACAACAGUCCACAGCAGCCAAUUGAGCAGGUUGUCAGCACAAUAGCAACGAGUGCAGCGGCUGCGGUCAUCGCCACCUCCAUGGCUGGCAGCAUGACUGUCGCGAAUACAGCACCCAAUCCUCUGGCAUUUAGUUUGCCUGGCCCACCGCCACCACCACCGCCGUUUGCGUUUAAUCCUACACUACUGGCACAGGGACCACCACAAAUGCCAAUGCCGGCUUUCUUCCACGGUCAUCAUCAUCAUCCACAUCACUUACUGCAUCCGGCUGCAGUGCCACCGCCGCCGCCGCCUCCACCGCCACAGUUGCCUAUUGCGUUGGCAAACUUAACGCCCAUCUAUAUGCAAUUGGGACCAACACAAUUGCCGCCCGAGGCGGCGGCAAUGCAUCAAUUGAAUGCGAUACCGCAACCAAGAGAAUUCGAUUUGAAUGCAAUACCAAAGCCACAGAUUAAUCUGGAGGCCAUCCAAAUACCGAAUGUCACACCGAGCGAACAGUUGGGAUUGCUGCCCGAGCUGGUAACGGUAAAUCCACCGCCACCUCCACCGCCUCCCACGCAACCCGAGGAGCUGCCACAGCAGCAACAGUCGCAACAACAACAACCACAGCUGACAACACCGCCACAAGUUUUUUCAGAAACGUGCAUACAAUUGCCAACGUGCAUAGAAAACCUAAUCGCACUGGUCGCCGAAAAUGGUGAAGAUUACGAAGAUAAAAUACGUUUGCAUAGAAGCGAAUUGCAUCCGGCCUUGUGGUUUCUUUAUGAUAAGAGCUGCGAACAGUAUCGAAGCUAUCGCACACAACUCCUCGAUUAUGGACGCCAGCGGGCAGAGCGACAACGCGAGCAGCAGCUAAACAAGGAGCAACAGCAGCAGCUAUCACAACAGCAGCAGCAACCGCUGCCUCAACAGCAGCAACAACAGGAGGACAAUAACAGCAAUUCAGCAGCGGAUAAAUACGACCCGGAGUCGGCAAUGAGUGCCGAUUUCGAUUCGGAUGACGAGUAUAUGCGAGGUAUGAUGGAUCGCAAUCGUGACAAUAUUAAGCGACGCAUCGAAUGCCGCAAUGAGCUGAGCGAUGAAGAGCGACGGGAGCGCGAAGAGGAGGCUGCUGCCUUGGCCGCUGAUGGUGAAGGCAAUGAGCUGCUCGAUCAGGACGACAGAGACGAGAGAGAGACGCAGCGACAGCGACGAAAGAGGGAGCGCAAAAGCCGCUGGGGCGAGAAGGAGCAGCUACCGAGUAGCUCAAGUACUCCCACUAGUUUUGGCAAUCAGAACAAGCCCAUACUGAGCAGCAUAACACGUAGCGAUCCGGCUCUACUGCAAUAUGCACGCCUUAAUUAUGGUUCCACUCAGCUGUCGGAGGAUCAAUGGAAGCAGUGCGAAGAGCACUUUAAGGUGAAUUUGUUGUAUCAGGACAUGAUGCGCAAGCGUCAGGAGAUUGAUCGCUUAGCUCGCGGUGGCAAAUUCAAGUAUGAAUACGAUUCGGAUGAGGAUGUUGAUGGUGGUACUUGGGAGCACAAGUUGCGCACAGCUGAAAUGGAGGCGACCCAUUUGUGGGCGAAUGCACUGACUAAACAGAGCGAGGGAAAGCACCAUAUUGGUGACUUUUUGCCGCCCGAAGAGCUGAAGAAAUUCAUGGAACAAUACGAGGCGAAGAAGAGCAAUAGACAACCAGAUUUGAGCGAUUACAAAGAGUACAAACUUAAGGAGGAUAACAUUGGCUUCCAAAUGCUGCAAAAGCUGGGCUGGAAAGAGGGUCAAGGUCUGGGUCAAGACGGCGCUGGCAUUGUCGAUCCAGUCAAUAAAGCACCACAAAGAGAUGGCAAUCAGGGUCUGGGAGUCAGCAGCGCUGCUCAGCCAGAAGAUUGCGACAAUGAGUACGAUGCGUAUCGUAAGCGCAUGAUGUUGGCCUAUCGCUUUCGUCCCAACCCAUUGAAUAAUCCACGACGCGCCUACUACUAGAGAAUUAUUAUUUUAUAACAUGCAUUAUA